UUCUGCAGCAUGGUGGCGGGCGUGAGUGAGACCUGGAGGGCCUGGCCGGCCAUGGUGAAGCUGACCUUCCUGCACCUCGUCGUCUUGGCCUCAGUGGAGCUGACUGCUGGGAUGCUGGGUCCUCACAACCACCCGGCCACCACCACCAGGAGGCCGCUGGAGAGGAGUGAGAUGAAGACCCGCUACAGUGUGCAGAGUCCGGUGGGCAAGACGCCGCUCUCCGUCACCCACCAGCCUCCUCCACCACUGCGGCGCCUCCACAACUUCUCCCCCACUGUUGCUAAGCAUCAUAAACGGAAGAAAACGUUCCACAAACAGUCGCCCUCCAAGCACGCGCCUCGAGCGGCUAGACGGCAUGCCAGACACAAUUCGGUGUUCAGGGAUUCGAGGCAUGACCGUCGGGGCUUUAGUGCCCCCUUCUCUGACCUCUUCCUACAUCACUACCGCAGGCCCCAUUACUGGCACCUGAAGCAGCUGCAGGAUCAUCAUAAGAAUAUAAUGGGUCAGUUACACGCGCACAUGGGUCACCACCUAACGACAAUGAGGGAACAGAUGGCUCCUACACAUCGUCAACACCAUUCCCCACAUCAUUUUAACGAUCCCUCAAAUCAGCAUCACCAUCAACGCCGCCUCAUCCAUAGAUUCCCUUCACAUUUUGGUGACCGUGAACAUCACCAGACACACGUUAGACCUCUCAGCCGGCGGCCAUCACCUCGCAGGGAGUCGAGAGAACACGAAAGAGUCAGAAAGCAAUUCAAAAUGUUUAGAAGUCCUACGAAUGAUAUACCCGAAGAUGUCGAGCUGUUACAAGGUCCAGGGCCUCCCAAAGCUCCCCACAACACAACCACAACUACCAGUAAUGGAAGCACCAAGCCAAAAAAUGGAGACAGGGAGAACUGCGCCACCGAAGGCAGUCGAGGCAGAGGAGUUCCUCAACUGCCUUUCCACCACGAUAUCUUCAAGUCCACAGCCUCUUCGCCCGGUGGAUCUAACCUGAAGCCCAUCUUUACCCAACCAGCACACACACACAGAUUCACACCAAUAUUUUCUGAGGUCUCUACACCACCAUCGAUUGUUCCCCCCCACGGCGACACGGUGUCAUCUAGAGGUCCACCUCACCAUUUGCACCCCGUUAACCAAUUCUUUCACCACAAUAAGCAACAGAACCCCAUUCCUACGCUUUUUGGAACUUCAGGACCUGGUUGGCCUUUCUCAGUAAACAGAGGCUCGAACCCUACAGCCAGAGGCCGCGACUCCUUCAAAUUCAGCGUUGAAGAUCACCUGAAUUCACUGCCGCCCGCUAAUAGAGGCGGCGGACCGCAGCACGACGGUGGUGACACUGCCUGCAUCAAGUGUCCUCCAGACGCCCAUGUGGAGGCCCCGAGGGGUAAGGACUGUGUUCACGCCCACGUCCCCAGCCCAUUCUCCUGUACACCCAGGUGGUGGCCGAGGAUGAGGACGGUGGUGACGGAAGGGCCGAGACCCGGCACCCUCCUGCAGGAGGGCCGCUACGCUAUGGUCAUCACGGUGGUGGCCGGCGACGACGACGCCCGCUCCACCCCCAUCACCUCGUGCAGGAUCAACUACAAUGUCCAAGUCCGUAAGUGUCCAGAGUUGGGUAGAGGAGCCGGGCUGGCGGUGCGGUGUACGGCCGGGCGGGCCUGGGGCUCCCGCUGCUCUUGGAGGUGCCCACCACGCCUCACCCUCCACGGCGCCUCCGUCACCACCUGUGUCGGCCACCACCAACCUUACUGGUCACAUUCCCCUCCCACCUGUACAGCGCCUCCCUCGCCUGCACCUUCGGGCAGGAGGGGCUGCAGCCCCCCACCUGAGGUACCUGGAGGACACUACCUGUGUGGCUUCUCGACGGGAUCCCGCCGGGGCCCGCCCAUCCCCAAGGACUCUCCAGUCAUCUCCAGGGACACCUUACACGAGAGGGAGGAGGUUAGCGGGCAACCUGAAGGAGGCGUGUGUAGUGUGGUGUGUGAGCGGGGCCGCGUGGUGGGGGUGUCGGAGCGGGGCAGGAGCCAGCUCACCUGCACCCCUGGCGGACUGUGGGACCACCCGCCUCCCUCAUGUCGCCCUCAGGUUGGUCCAGCGGUGGAGGCCGGCCAGUGUGAGGAUGUGAGUGUGAGUCAGGCUCACUCACCGCUCUCACUCAUGCCCCUGCCCAUCUUCAGCACGGCCAGCCGCCUCCCUGCUCACGUGACGUGUGUCUUGGAGCGCACGGCCCCCGCUCGCUACACCAGGACGUGCACGGCCAGGGACCCGGAACUGGAGACCUCGACGGUGUGCAAGUACACUGUUACUGUCACCGGUGAGACCCUUGCCCCUGUUGAUGACAUCUCCAGCACACAAGAGCACCCAGACCGACUCAAGGACCCGAGUGGGGGCAGUGGAGGCGCCGACCACGAUGCGGGCGCCGCAGAGGACGAGGAUGCCACCCAUCUUCCCGCACCUGGCCCCAACGAUGGCCCCAACGAUGGCCCCAACGCCCACCACCCGCCACACAAAGCUCCCGCUGGAGAGGAGCUCACAGGACCAGCCAACACCAGCUCUCCCGAGGACAGAGAACACCGGUAUGACUUUUAUGAUGGAGAGGAUGAUGAUGAUAAUGAUGAUGGGGAAUAUGAUGAGGGCGAGUUUGAUUAUUACUAUGAUGCGGGUGAAAACGGCUUUGAGGAAGAGCAUCACGACCAGUUCAGAGCAGCGCUGCCACAGAUAACAAAUGAUGCCAACACAUUAGUGACCAGGCAAGAGAGUGGUGACAAGGCUCUUCACAGCAACACAAUCAGUGCUGCACCAGACUCUAGUGACUCGCACGGGGAGAAUUAUUAUAAAAGAAACAGAGAAGACUUGCAUUUACAAAUAGAGAAUAAUUAUGGACACCACGAUCGUACAGACGAAAUCGCCAGUAGAUCCUCUAACAACCAUUUUCCCAACCUAAAGUCCAUGCCCCAAACUUCAGAUGAGUACCCAUUCAACUUACCAUCAAUCUCCUAUGAAAAAAAUAGAAAUGAAGUCAAACUUCACAGUCCAAGCUACUCAGGAGACAAUACUGCAGAGCAACACAAGUGGAACCACAGGAAACAAAAUAGUUAUUUUAAAUCCAGAGGCCAGACAACGAAAUUACAAAGAGCAAAUGGGAUCACAUCAACGUUCCCGUCAGAGAAUGUUGUCAUGCCGAGGGUCCAAGGGGGAUCCGGAAAAAAUAUAGGGAUUGUUAGGUCAAAAAUCAAUUCCGAAAGCAGCAAUACUAAUGUUGUCAAUGGCGGAGGAGAGGGGCAGAAACAGGCUGAGCGAACACACUGGUCUCGUCCAAGAGGAAGUGGUACAACAGAUUCUGGUGACAGAACGAAAACGGUUAAAGGAACGCAAAAUAAUCCGGACUUGCAGAGUAAUGCUAUGGGACGGAGCGAAGCAGUAGAACUAGCCGCCCGGCUGCCUCGCGUACACCACACAACACCCAAGCCAACAGUGUUGGAGAAGAGCAACACAAAAAUGGAGGAACUGGAAGAAAACAACAGAGAAAGGAAAACUCUCGAGGAAGGUAUGAAUGCUGGAAGUCCGGAAGGAAGAAAGGGCCAGGCGGCAGUGAUGGAGGCCGUAGUGACGAUGGAGAUACUGGUGAAGGACUGCAGCUUCGUGGAGCAGGUUACACAGGUGCUGGGAGAGGCGCUUCUCCUACAAAAUACCUGUAAGGAUCUCACAUGCUACCAGCCACACACUUCCUGUACCCAAACCAGAUCAAGAAAUGAGGCCACUGUGAAGGUGGUGUGGGCGGUGGGGGGUCUGUACGAGGCUCUCAACCAUUACCCAUUCGACGACUACCACGUGCCUGAAGUGGAGACGGCUAUAGCAGCUGUCCUGGAGUCCACACACGGGUUGCUGAAGUCUGAGCAACUGGUCCGCUCGCUGGAGGCUGUGGGGGCCGCCCUCGACCUCUCCUCCUUCAACCUGACGAAGCUGGACUUGGUGUGUCGCCAACCUGGCCUCGGACUCCACCCUGUCACCGGCCGUUGUGUUGAGUGCGGCCCGGGGACGUACAGCAGGAAGGGGUCGUGUGCACCUUGCCGCCCGGGGACUUACAUGGACCAGUCGGGUCGGUCGACCUGUGUACCCUGCAAGGCCGGGACCUCCGCCUCUCAGCCCGGGAUGGUCACCUGCCUCCCCUCACGGGCCGACCACGAGGUGCUGCAGGUGAGGGGCCCGCACGUCGUCAAGCACGUCUUGGGGCCCUCCAUGGAGAUCACCAGGACCAAUAAGCGCCAGGCUAACUACCCGGCGACAGGCACCUACCCGGCGACAGGCACCUACCCGGCGACAGGCACCUACCCGGCGACAGGCACCUACCCGGUAUACAAGAAAGGUUGCUUCUCCUGCACCCUUGGUGGCAUAAGAUCCUCAAGUUAUGGAGGCAGCAGCAGCUACAGCUCGGGGUCCUACGGGGGAGCAGUUAGCCCUGACGUGGCAGGUCCUAUAGCAGUUCCCAUUACAACGUCCACACGCCAAGAAGUCCGCAGUGAGCAACAGUUCAUCAAUGGCCAACCAGUGUAUCAGUUGCAACAUGAGCGUCGCUUUAAAGAUGACCGUCUAGUUCACGAUCAGAAGGUGGAGAAGGGUGACCAUGAUCUGGGGUUCUCUCAUGAAACAGGGGCGGCCUAUUCAGGAAGUCAGUUAUCUUCAAGUGGCAGUAGCAGCAGUUACAGAAGCUCCAACACCCAGCCUAACUAUGAUGAUCAUCUCGAGGGCUCCUAUGUCCAAGGUUCGAGUUUCGGCUCGUCUGGACUUGGAUCUCCAGAUGCCUACAGUGAUGACUAUUCAUCUGAUUUCCAUUCUAACAUGGCUCGAAUGAGGGAAAAUCUUCAGCGUCAGAUGUCUUAUGGACCGCAUCAGCCCGUGCAAGGGGGAAGCCACCGCAGUGAGGUUCACUCAGAGACCCGUUACGUCAACGGCCAGCCCGUCUACGUUAAAAAUGUUAAGCGAAAAUACAAAGACGGACAGCUUGUACAUAACCACACCGAGGAGAAAGGACCUGAGGACCUGGGUACAAAGGACAUUGUUAGGCAAUACGACUCAACUGGAGCUCUGAUUGGCGAUGAUUUUCAAGGCGGGUACUAUGAAAACCAUGGAGAGUACACAUCAACACACCGCGACAGUCAGGACACCUACCCCAGGUAUAGACCCGGAUAUACUUCAUAUUCACAAUACAGCCAUCAGCACUCAGCUUCAAAUCCUUCCUAUAUACCAGAUUCCUCGGUACCGUAUUCCCAGGGGUUGAGAGAAUCAUCUCCUUCCUCUUAUCCCUCUUACAGCCCUUCGUCAGGAAGUUCCUCAACUCGGUAUACUGAGCAAUCAAGAGAUUCAUCAUCUUACAGACCAACUUCCUCUUCCUCCUCAUCCUACCCUUCAUACAGGCCAACUUCAGGUUCAACACAAUAUACUGAUGAAUCAAGACCAUCAUCAACCUUAUAUCCUUCCUACAGACCGGCUCCAGGAAGUUCAACGCAGUAUACAGAGCACACAAGAGAAACUUCAGAUUCUUCUCUGCACAGACUAGCUGGUGGUAGCUCUUAUCCUUCCUACAGACCGGCUCCAGGAAGUUCAACGCAGUACACAGAACACACAAGAGAAACUUCAGAUUCUUCUCAACAGAGACCAACUGGUGGUAGCUCUUAUCCAUCAUACAGACCGGCUCCAGGAAGUUCAACGCAGUACACUGAACACACAAGAGAAACUUCAGAUUCUUCUCUGCACAGACCAACUGGUGGAAGCUCUUAUCCUUCAAAUAGACCGGUUCCAGGAAGUUCAACGCAGUAUACAGAGCACACAAGAGAAACUUCAGAUUCUUCUCAACAGAGACCAGCUGGUGGAAGCUCUUAUCCUUCCUACAGACCGGCUCCAGGAAGUUCAACACAGUAUACAGAGCACACAAGAGAAACUUCAGAUUCUUCUCAACAGAGACCAACUGGUGGAAGCUCUUAUCCUUCCUACAGACCGGCUCCAGGAAGUUCAACGCAGUAUACUGAAUACACAAGAGAAACUUCAGAUUCUUCUCAACAGAGACCAACUGGUGGAAGCUCUUAUCCUUCAAAUAGACCGGUUCCAGGAAGUUCCUCUGAACAGUAUAGUGAGGAUUCACAAGAAUCUUUUUAUUCGCAACCCACAACAUAUGACUCCCCCUCUCACUCCUCACCACACGCGGGUGCCCGUCAGACGAGACCCGGGAGCGGUGUCAGAGGACCAAGUACCGUUGCAGGAGGCACACUGGUGCAACAAAAUACAAGAAACCCCAAGCCAGACCAAUCCAUUACACAGAUUUCACAAGAGAGCUCUGAAACCUUUCACAGAAUAGAAUCAGCUGAUAGGUACAGGCAACCCUAUGCAUCAAGACCUUCUGGAUACAGUGAGCAAGUAGAAACAUCAGAGGAAGAUUACAGAGAAAACACAGGGCGAGAGGUUCCCAGUAGCUCUUCGCUCGUGGUGCCAUCGGCACCAAAGACCAGCGGUGGAGCUCGUACCACGACCUUUGUUCUGUCCCCUUCAGCCCCACAAACGCCUCUUACUGAUCAACUUUUAGGUACCAGUCACAGUGGCCGGCGGCAUGACACUCAGGAAACAGAGCUUUAUUCUCAGCACAAAUCCCAGUCGCAAGUGGGCAUCCCAGGAGUAAUCAUUGGACCUGUGGUCAAUAACGACGACGAGGACGACGACGAUAACAAGGAGCGCUAUGAUAUAAGCCCUCUUGAGGACAGCUAUGAGCAACCUAUUCCACCUGUAGAUAAUGAAUCAGAAUCAUUUUUUGUGCCCACUUUAGCCCCCGUUGAGAGUGAAGCAGAAAGUGGGGUCAUUAUCCACCCUCAUGAUGAAAUAUACAAUACUCUUGAUGAGUCAUCUACUCAUCACCGUACGCGUGUUGAUGGGUCAUCCACCCUCCACCGUACGCGUGUUGAUGGGUCAUCCACCCUCCACCGUACGCAUGUUGAUGGAUCAUCCACCCUUUAUCCAACACCUGUCGAUGGAUCACCCGUCCAUUAUCCUACACCUGUUGAUGGAUCACCCGUCCAUUAUCCUACACCUGUUGAUGGAUCACCCGUCCUCUAUCCUACACCUGUUGGUGGGUCACCCACUCUCCAUCAAAGAGGACCUUACUCGGGAUCGUCUAGCUCCUCAUACUACUUCAACAGCACCCACACUAGGCAAGGUAACCUCAUUCAUCAGGUAGCUCCUGGAGUUGGCGACACCCGGUCUCACUAUGCUGGGGAAUCAGUCGUUGAUGAAACAAGGAAUACCUACCCGUUAUCGGCUGGUUCAAGCUCCUACCACUACAAUGAAAGCCAUAGGCAUUCUUCUGUAAUAGGCGGUCAGCAUCCUGCCCAACAGCCAGGAUCAUUAUCAGACAUCUCGUCGUCAUCGGUGACGUCAGCAACACCGUGUACUCAGGCGCUGGGAUGUGUAGUUGUUGGCUAUCCACAGACAGGUUCACGGCGCACCGAGGUGCGCACGACAAAGAAAUACAUUAAUGGACGCCUCAUUGGGUUGACGCAUCACGAACGUCAAUAUAAGAACGGGGAACUAAUUCAUGAAAACGAAACGGAGCACGGUAGCGAUGAGCUUGAAGGUAUGGACCUGAGCGCAUAUGGCGAUGACCAGCUGGAGCUGGUGCAUGGCAGCUAUCACCCAGGAAGUUACUCCCAGCAGCACGAGGUCAAACAAGAGAAGAAGUUUGUGAAUGGCCAGCAGGUAUACGAUCUCCAUCAUGAGCGACGUUUCGAGGAUGGCCACCUUGUGCACGAGAACCGCACGGAGAAGGACAAAGACGACUUGGAAGAACUGAACGCAGGACAUCUGGGCGUCUUGUACCUAGACAACGAAGUGGACAUUGGCGCCAGGCACGAGGUGACUCAGACGCAGCACCUUCAGCAACAUGUGACUGCUGGAAGGGUCGCAGAAGGAGGCGUUGGUCGCUCUUCACAGACACAUCAGGUGUCGGAGGCGGGACGCAUGACGGUGGUGCCUCACUACAGCAGCCGGCGGUACGAGGAGCGUCGCCAGCAGGAGUACGUCGACGGCCACCCUGUGUACGACCUUCACCACGAGCGUCGCUUCCACAACGGGACACUGGUGUACGAGAACAGGACGGAGCUGGACGAGAAGGACCUGGGUGUCCCUCACCAUGACGCUCUCCACAAUAUCUUGGCGGGCAACACUCUUAACACGCCUUCAGAAUCUUCUUACGGCACAAAUGCAGGUUCUACCGGAGUGGGAUCCUAUGGGGCUUACGGCGGAUCUUUAGAAUCUAGUCACAGUGGUGGAUCGUCACAAACAAGUGGAUCACGAAGCUCUUUGUCCGCUAAUGGCAUCUUAAAAACCUAUGGAAGUUCUGGGUCAAGAAGAGGGUCCACGUCGUCGACUGGUGAGGGUCACAUUGGUGCUACCACCACUGUUCUGGGCGUGUCAAUACCCCCGCGGACAGGAUCAAGCUCUCUACGUAGUGCCUCAGCUGCACACGAGACAAGUUCUCAUGAAUCGUCCUCCAUUACUGGUUCAUCUCGCCACCGGACGUCUUCUGGAGGAUGCCUCACCUGUAUCCUUCUGGCAGGCUCGGGAUAUUCUGGUCAAGGUUCCUCCCACAGAGCUACACAUGGUUACUCGGGCGCAGUUCCCGGGGGCGUGGGCGGAGGAUACAGCGAGAGGGAGGAGAUGAACGUAGAAGAGCAUUACGAGGAUGGACAGCUGGUUCAUGGCCGCGAGGACUCUCGCAGAUUCCGAGACGGUCAGCUGGUGCUGGAGAACAGACGGCAGUACUCCGACGGCGCCUCACAGGUGUCAUAUCCAGCAACACUUAAAUCUGGGAAGACCUUCGCUGCUUCUUUAUCAUCGUCGUCAGAACGUUCACGCGGCGGCCUGGAAGUGGUAGAGGAGGGCAGCGGGGCGGGCAUGUGUGAGCCUAACCCUUGCAGGAACGGAGGGACCUGUCUGCCCGGCCUUCACGGCCCCAUCUGUGCCUGCAACUUUGGCUUCAGAGGUGCCGAGUGUGGUGAGCUGCACUGUCCUAAAGGGUUCUGCCGGCGGGGAGGAAAGUGCAGCAUUGAGGACGGUGUCCACGAAUGCAACUGUAGAAGCGGCUACUCCGGCUACCGGUGUGAGACACGCUCCAAGAGACACACAAGACGCCUCACACGAAGACAUGCCAGUCACCCGUGAUCAUCCAGGGGCGGAGGAACACUAGACUUGUCGCAACACUCAACUCUUCUCCUUCAUCACUUAUGGAUGACACGAAGAGACAAGUUUUAGGACUUUCUCUGAUUAAACAUUGACGAAUGUAACCAGCAAAAUUAGUAUGUUUUAUUCAGUGUUAUAGAAUGAUACAGCAAAUAAAACUAGGCUAAUUUGUCUAUUGCUAAUGACUGAAAUUGUGGGAGGCUAGUAUUAUACAAAAGUUGUGAAUAUUUAAUACUGUAAGUACUGAAACCCAUUAAUUUAACGGUUCUUCCGGUGCAAGACCUUCUCUGAGGCACGACUUUAAAGCCUAAAGUAAUUACGCUCUCUGGGGCACGGGGUACAAGUGUAAGGGUAUGGUGUACAAGUGUAAAGUACACUGUGAGGUACGGGGUACAAGUGUAAAGUACACUGUGAGGUACGGGGGUACAAGUGUAAAGUACACUCUGAGGUACGGGGUACAAGUGUAAAGUACACUGUGAGGUACGGGGUACAAGUGUAAAGUACACUCUCUGAGGUACGGGGUACAAGUGUAAAGUACACUGUGAGGUACGGGGUACAAGUGUAAAGUACACUCUGAGGUACGGGGUACAAGUGUAAAGUACAAUGAGGUACGGGGUACAAGUGUAAAGUGCGCUCUCUGAGGUACGAGGUACAAGUGUAAAGUACGCUGUGAGGUACGGCCCACCAGACUGCAGUACACUCAAUGACAAGUCAGGAUAAGGAGCAACAGUUGAUGACUGCCCAACAAUAAGAAAGGCAUAACCCACUUUACCCAGCUGGGUGACACCGGGUGAUCUCAAUAUGGAGGACGAUGAACUUCGUUCCAUCUAUUAAGUGCAGCGUCUUGCUGGGUGAAAUGAGAGGCUGAGAUAGUCUCUAAGGUGCUGUAAAACCUCAUCAAACUUGGUAGUUAACUUUUAGCCCCCCUAAAUUUAUUCACUAUUUACACUCUUAGAAGUUAAUGUUAAGCUCUUUGUUAAGAUGUAUUUAGUUCCUGUUAAUUUAUGGAUAUACUUAACGGAAUGUGUUAAUAGGUAGUAGCAUUGUUAUAAUAAUAUUGAACAUUCCUCUGUGACUGUAAUUAACACUUGAACGUCUCAGUAAAAUAACGCUUAAAGGGGAAAUCCCCAAGCUAUUUUUAAAUUUUACCAACUCUUGUUUUGUAGAGCGUAAGCAAGCCUAAUAAUUUUUCUGCAUUUUGAGUUUUAUUUAAAAAAAACAAUGAACUCUAGCUGUUUUUUGUAUAAGUUUUACUGUUAGCGACAACAGCGCUCAAAAUAUCGGCUAUACUAUAAGACUUGCUAGCAAAUUUUGUAUUAUUAUUUUUAUCUAUUAAAACCUAAAAGAUAGGAUAGGCUCCUAUCGAAAAGAUAGGUAUAUUAAUUUAAUAUAUGUCAUUAAAAGUUUGUAUAAAGUUUUAUUUAUCAGGCUAAUACUAUAUCAUGUGCGUUAAAAUUGUAGAAUUGUCUUUAGUUUAAAUCCUAUUUAUGUAAAAUUUUGAGCAAUUCACAGUUUAACCGGCAAUAAUAACAUAUUGCACUUAUUUCUUUUUAUUAUUAUUAUUUUCUACCACAAACGUGGCCACACAUUUACAAUGCUAACCAGCAUAUAUACAUUUUCUUCUGUCCUCCAUGGACAG